AUGCAACAAUUCUUAUUAGUAUUUAUUCUAUUAAUUAUCGAUGGGUAUCCAGUAAUAGCUAUUGAAAGCCCAUUAUAUCAAUCUAUUAAUAUAUCUUUAGUCACCAAUACUGACAAUGAAAUUCAAUUCACUACGACCGAUGACUUUGAUAACGAAGAGAUUCGUGCCUCAUUAAAUUAUUUUAUCAAAUGGUUUACACCAGUUUUAGUAGUAUUUUCAUUGCUUAUAGCACUUGUUUGUCCAUUUUUAUUAUGGAUUUUACAAGAACGUUGUUUAUAUCGUUCAUCGAUAAGUUCGAAUCAUCAAUCAACAAUAUUGAUUGCUACACCACGAUUACUACUUAUCGAUCCACGAACAAAAUUACAUUCACCACCAUUCGAUAAUACUCCGUUUAAUUCACCUGAAGAAAAGAAUUCUUAUUAUUCAUCACGAACAUCAUCUAUUUAUACAACGAUUUAA